AUGUUGCUCCAGUCUCUUGCAAACUAUGCGUCACAGCACUAUUAUGCUGUGAUUAUUAUCUUGAUUUUACUCGCCAUUGUGGUCAAGUGUCUCUAUGAAAUAUACUUCAGCCCUCUGGCCCGAUUUCCAGGCCCCAAAUAUGCGGCUGUUUCCCGAAUCCCAAAUCUAUAUCAUACUUUUAAAGGAGAUCUAGUUGAGUGGGUUACCGAGCUGCAUGUAAUCUAUGGGAAUACCGUGCGCGUAGCUCCCAAUGAGCUAAGCUACUCUACCCCAGAGGCUUGGAAGGAUGUUUACGGUCACGCGUCUGCCGGCAAAAAAACAACAGAAAAGGAUACCAAAUUUUAUGGACCCUCAUUUAAUGGCGCCCCAGAUAUUAUUCGCGCUCUUGGUCCGGAUCACACCCGCUUCCGCCGCAACUUUUCCCAUGCAUUUUCCGAGAAGGCCCUCCGUGAACAGCAGCCACUGAUUCGCCACUAUGUGGACCUGCUGGUUGAAAAAUUACAAACCCUUGUGCAAGAAGAUCCGCAAGCACCAAUUGAGAUCGUCCAUCUAUACAAUCUCACCACAUUCGAUAUCAUGGGUGAUUUGACGUUCGGAGAAUCUUUGAACCUCUUAGCUGGAAGUGGCGAUGACAGCUGGGUUUCCACAAUAUACAUCAGCAUGAAAACCAAUGCACUUCGCAGACUUGGACGCUACUACCCUUGGACUGCAUUCUUGACGCGGAAACUUAUUCCCCAGGCUCUGGUAGAAAAGACAGCGGCGCAUUACAAGGCGUGCAAGGAACGCGUAAACAGGCGGAUUGAUCCAUCUCGAAAUGCCCACAGACCAGAUAUCUGGGGCAUUGUUAUGAAUCAGAAGGAAGGACUCCGCCUGAGCCGUGAGGAAAUGUAUGCGAACUCGCAGGUUUUUAUGGUUGCUGGUACUGAGACUACAGCAACUGCCUUGAGUGGGUUGACAUAUCAUCUCCUAAUGAAUCCAGAUAAAAUGGCGAAGAUUGUUCACGAAAUUCGGAGCACGUUUACUAAGGAUUCAGGCAUUGAGCUCGAAGCCUUGGGAAGGAUGAAGUACUUGAAUGCGUGUAUCGAGGAAGGUCUUCGCCUCUACCCUCCUGUUCCGGUUGGAUUGCCUCGAGUCACACCUGAAGCUGGCCUUAUGGUCUGUGGAGAGCAUAUCCCUCACAAGACUGCACUUUCAGUCAAUCACUGGGCAACCUAUCACGAUCCUGAAAAUUUCAAGCGACCAAAUGAGUAUAUUCCAGAGCGAUGGAUCAGUGACGAAUUUGCAAGUGAUAAUAAGGCGACCCUUCAGCCCUUCUCAUUUGGGCCACGCAAUUGCCUUGGAAAGAAUUUGGCAUACAGCGAAUUACGCUUGAUACUUGCUAAGGUCUUGUAUCAUUUUGAUUUCAACCUUGUUCCAGAGUCUGUCGGCUGGGAUAAGCAGAAGACGUUUUUCUUGUGGGAGAAAAAGAAGUUGAUGGUGACCCUGAAACCAAGAGCCGGGGUUGCUUAG